CUUUCCGUGCAACGGCGAUCAGCAAUCAUGACGUCGACCGUGCGGUUUGAGGGUGAGGAGAUCUUCGCAGCCGCCCGCUGCAAUUGAUCAUCGUCAUUACUCGUGUCCAUCUGCCUGCAGAUGCGUUGCGACAGUUGACGGGCCUUCUCGGCGAUGGCGGCGGGAGUGUGGAUGAGGCCCGUCUGGCGGAGGUGCUGGGCGUGGUGCUCGACCAGGAGGUCAUCAACGCCGUGUCGGCCUCCCUCGACCCGCCGCAGCUGCUGCAGAAGUCCUACAUGGUGUGGAACCUCACUGUCAGCGCCGGCAAGGACAAAUCAUCACUGGCGCCCAUCAAAGAGGCACAAGGUGGGGGGGUGGAGGAGAACAGAGGGCGGGCAAAUGGGAUGGAGGGGUGCCGCGUGUUUCUCAGUUCGAGAUCUGGCGGCCAGGCUGGCGUUCACGGCCCUCAAACGCAGCCCGGACGGGUUCUCACACAAGUCGGUCAAAAGGCACAUGGAUGGAUGGAUGGCUGAAGGGCUGGCUCCCUCAUGGUCUGUGUGUCACGUGUGUCAGGGACUAUGUGAAUGUGGUCCGCAUCCACGCCAAGACGGGUCAGGUGUUCCUCCAGCUCCGCAUAUUUCAAGAGGCAGAACUCUCACUCGAACGCGCCACCAAGGUCAACCAGACAGACACACCUCCCGCCAGCACUGUCCAUGCACACACACCACACCACACGACCGAUGGAUGGCUGAUGAAUGAUGUGUCUCGUCUUGUCUGGAGGUAGGUCUGGGAUGAGUUGCGUGGCAAGUUCAGUGCGUCGGACAUCAGCGCGGUUCUGCCCGACGACAAGAAGGCAGAGACCAUCUCGUCCAUACUCAAGAGGUAAAGAGCAGCACACAACCCGCUACAGCGUGUCUGUGGGUGUGGAUGUGUGUGGAUGUGUGUGGAUGUGUAUGCGGAUGUGUGUGGAUGUGUAUGCGUGUCAGCCGUUCUGAGUUGGCUUUUCAGAUGGACCAGCCGGAGGCCGGGCUGCGAUACCUAUUCUCGGUAGACAUGCAGGCUGCUGGCUGGAGCAUUGGGUGCUGCGGGGGGCGGGGCACAUUAAUGUGUGUCCUUGGGUGGUGUGUGGUGUGCAGGUCAAGGACUUCAUCGGCUCUGCACCGCUCGAGGUCCGUUCGACACACAUACGCUCAUCAUACAGCAAUGCAGAACAGCAUGUCCGUUCUCAAUCCCAAUCCCACCUUACCCUUUCAGAUUGAGAAGUUCUUCAACGUCUGUUUCAACCAUGGCAAGAGCCUGUUCAACCGCUCCAGAGCUGACCUGGUCACUCACCACCCACCUCAACACACACAGACAGACAGCCUUAGAGACUGCCCACUCCAUAGAUGGCUUACUUCUUGUGUGUGUGUGUGCAGGCCCUGCAGGUGAUCGAUCUGGGCCUCAAGGCGCUGGAUCACCUGAGUGCUGAGGUGCGCAAGGAUCUCGCCCGGCAGGAGGCGGUGGGGCUGCGACUCGCGGCCGCAUGCUGCCUGACGGCCGGCUCGCGUGGCCUGGCUGUGGAGCGGUGUCGCAAGGCGUCCUCUCUCGAACCGCCCGACACACCCACGUUUCUGCGGUCGCUGUUCCUGCUGCUCAAGUGCCUCACCAAACCCAUCGAAAAAAGCGCAUCGGACGGAGAGAGGUAGAUAUUCACAUUCACAUGCACAUGCACCGACGCUUCUCUGCUGUGUGUCCAUCUCCAUGUGUGUGUGUGUGUGUGUGUGUGUGUGUAGCAUGACUGAGGAGCCUUCGUCCCUCGCACCCAGUGGGGAGGUCGAGGAGCUCAUCGAGUAAUGCACUGCGCACACACACAUACUGGUGGUUGGGGAUGCGCGACACAGACGGCAUGAAAUGUACGUAAAUCGCGUGUGGAUGGUGUCUGUCUGUCUGUGCGUGUUCAGGCGCAUAUUGUGUCACGGCAGCCUGGUGUCGGACACUCAGUUGGUGUCUCAGCUGAUUGAUUUGCUGACGGAGUCUCGCCAGCACCGCCUCAUCCAGAACGUGUUCAUGCGCAUGACGGCGCUCUUCAAGAGCACCAACCCAGACUGUCUUGGGUGGGGGGGCGCACACAGCCAUCCAUGACCAUGACAUGUGCGUGGUUUGCCUUCCUCCAUGUACUGUAUGUGGUAUACGUGCUGUGCUGUGCUGCCCACAGGAAGGUAGUCUUGUCGUGGUGGCGCUUCCUGUUGUGUGAGAUCUCCGUUUCCAAAGACGACACCCCACAAGUGAAUGGGCAGACGGGAUGGGUGGGGCACGGCGGGCCACCACACACGCUCCCUCCUAUGGUGUAUGUCAGGUGCAGGCGUACCUGCAGGACGAGAUCGCAAGAGUGCUCGACCUCAGUGACUCACUCGCCAAGUAACGACAUCGUCGCAUAGAACGGGAUACACCGUAGGUGUCCUAUAUGUGUGUGGAUGCAGGCAGGCGAUACUGAAGGCGGAGCAUGUGUCUGAGAUCGUCGAACUCGUGUGGAACCUGGGAGUCGAACUGGUACGUACGUGUGCAUCCACAGGGGUUAUGUGUGACGAUGGAUGGUCAGUCUGUGUGUGUGUGUGUGUGUCAGGUGAAGGAUGAGAAGAUGACCGAGGCGGAGGCCAUCUUCAAGGCCGGACUCAGCAUCGGUACACACACACACACACACACACACACAUCGGUACCUACACAUACAGAGAGAGAGGAGGGGACAGACCUACCAACACAGAGUCCUAUCACCACCCCCUUCUCGUUUGUGUGUCUUGUGUGUCUUGUUCUCCUUGUUGCCAGUCCCCACACACGACGCAGCCACAAAAGGUGGCCAUACACACUUCUGAUUGGCUCAUCUCAUCUUGUGUGUGUGAGUUGUCAUCUGCUGGAUGCAGUGUCGUUGUAUCGCGUGUUGGGUUCGAUCCAGCUGCGGAGUGGCGACAGCGGCAAGGCCAAAGAGUGGCUGAGCAAGGGACAGCAGCUCGACAAACAUGACUUCGCGACGGCCGUACUCACCUUCUACGCCUCCCUCGACUCGCCCACCGACAGAGACGCCGCACUCAAACACAUAUUCCAGCUGCCGCAACUCGACCAGGUCAGGAACAUGCACUCGUGCAGGCCACUGCAGAACGGUGUGGCCAUGUCUCUCUGCCUGUGUGUGCCUCAGCGUGCGAUUGUGAGCAUAUUGGACUUCUGCAUCCAGAAGGAGAACGAAAACGCCGCACUGCUCGUGAUGGUAGACAGGGAAAGGGAGGGAGGGAGAGAGGGAGAGAGGGAAGGAGGGAGGGAGGGACGGAGAGUGGAUGCUGCUUGUGUGUGCGUAGGAGUCCCUCAUCUGCUACCUUGUCGGAGCACCUGGUCAGCCAGCUAGACACGGACACAUCCACUCAGACCAGUACAUAUCUAUACCCUGCAGUGACUGACAUCGAAUCGCUUGACGUCGAGGGACUCGACGCGUCCAAGUUCUCAUUUUCUGACGACAUCUGUCUCCUCGAGUGCGUCAAGAACGCCACCAAACUAGCCAAGAUGUCAGACAAAAGGUAAGGAAGCACACACCAAGGGACGGCCGAACAUGUACACAGAAAGACGUGGUCGUCGUUUUCAUUUGUGCAGUCCCAGUCACCUGCAAAAGCUCAUUGGUCUGGCGGGUCGCAUAGCCACUGAAAUGGGCAAGCGCAAGGAAGGUACACACACAAUACACGACACGGAUCAGGCAUUAUCUGCCCGCAUUCGCGUGAGUGUGGGAUGUCAUGCAGAUGGUGGUGCGUCGUUGAAGGAGGACGACCUGCGAUUCUUCUUCAGUGUGUCGUGGAACGUGUCGCGUGACCUCACGGACCAGUACGAGCUGCAGCGUCUGCUGCUGCGGGACGGCCGGGUGCUCCUCGACCUCAUGCAAGACAACAUCAACAACGCUGACGAUCGCAAACUCGUAUGAAUGCACACAGCAGCGCAGCAAGGGAAAAGGGAAAAGGGAAACACAGCCAUGUGUCUUCUGCAGUCGCUCAUUGUCGAGAUGGCCGUAUCAGCACACGAAGGUCACGGUGCUCUUCCCCCACAAACCCACCCUCUCUUCGCCUGUGUGUGCUGGUGUAUCCGUGCAUCCAUCGUAUCAUGCAGGUCGUUCGUACCCGUCGGGUGACGGCAGCCGCACGCGUGCCUUCCGGCGAGUGAUCGACUUGCACUCGAGUGUCAUGGCCAGCAUCACCAAGUGCCUGCAACUCAAGUCAAACGAGCCAACCCGCCCGGCUGCCGACAGAGUCCGCAAUGCCCAGACAUAUAUAUAGAGAGAGAGAGAGCUAUAUACCCGCGCUGCGUCUCCUGUCUCGUUGUUCAGUCGUAUCCGUUGGUCACGUUGUUGAAGUUUGAGGCGAUGGCAGAGGUGCACAGGGGCAGCACCGACAAGGCCCGUGUGCCGGACGACAUGGACGUGGACGGGAAUAGCGACACCAACAGGGGCGACAGUGACGUCAACAACAACAUCACACAAGAGCACAUCCUCGCAUUCGUGCAGGUGAGUGGGGUGGACGGUGGGAUGGCGAGACACAUAUGUCUAUACGCGUGUGUGUAUAUGUAUGUGUGUGUGUGUGUGUGUGUAUCCAGGAGUUGGCGUUGGAUGGUAGUUUGGCGAGCAAGGUGUGGGAGAUCAUGGCGGGGCAGGCCAUCAAACUCCACAUGCCAGACAUCGCACGUACGCAUGCAUCCUAGACACACACCGCAGCAGCCGUGCUUUUCUCGGUGUGCACAGGUCGUUGCAUCGAGCAGUACCUGGUGUCGUCGUUUGCCAGCUCCUCCGGCCCCGACCUCGCCAAGGUAGCCAUGGCAUACCGAUCGCUCGUCGAAAUCGAAG